GCUCCAUGGGCCUGUCCAUGCCGUACCCGGCGUCGUCCGGUUCCUACAUGCUGCCCGACCCGGGGUUCGCCUCCACGUCGACUCAGAUUUCUGAGCACCACCACUCCACGGCGCUGUAUUCGCAUCACCACCAGGCCGCCAUGCUCCAGGGGGCCAUGGGAGGGCCCACGGGGGAGGCGCGCGCCCCCAGCACAUCCAGCUACACGGCCAUCGGCGCCAGCUCAUACCCUCCCCAGAUAUCGGCCACCAGUGGGCACCAUCUCAACCAGUCACCCCCGCCAUCUAGUGGUAGCAGUAUGAACUACCAGGCCUCGCAUCAACUGCCCCCUGGCCCCGCCAGCCUAACCUUAAUGGGAGCCGUGGCCCCCAGUACCACAGAUCUCAGCGUAGUUCCACCUCACGAUUGUUUUGCAUGUUCGCCAGGCGACGCUGACCAGGCGGUCCCUCCGACACCCGACAUGAGCCCCAGCACCGCGUGGGCCCCCAUGACCUCCGCCCCGUCGUCUGCUCAGCCCCACCAGCACCAGCACCACCGCAACAUGGCCACGCCACCCCCCACCAAUCUCAUGAACUCUAACCAUACGAGUGUGGCUGCUGGGAUAACGAGCUUUGGCCACCAACCUGGGUUCAUGCCCCAGAGCAGGCCCCACCACCACCACCACCACCAGCCCUUCUACUCCUGGUACUAGGCACAACGAGCUCUGUUAGACUGCGCAAAUAGUGGCUCCGUUUGAGACGCAGGCAAAGACAAUACUUGAUUCUGUAAAUUGGACGCCAUCCACUGUCUGUAGUAUAUUUCAUACGCACGACAAUUUGACAGCUGGCACUACUCUCUCUCUCUCUCUCCUCCUCGCACUGACUGGAAAACACGUUACGACAUUACGAAGAGACAAAGGGACGGACAGACAGACUACACACAACAUGAAUAAUCAGUAUUAAAUUAAUUAUUCGGUAUUGUCCGUCUAAAAACAAUUAUAUU